CGAGCACCCCGCAUUCACUCCUCCAAUCACGAACCCCAGCAUUAUUCAGAUUGAGCAGCACUCAUUUCGCGCACUUGGCGUACAAGCGGCCGAGCGAACUCCAUCGACAAGUGUAAACUCUUACGCCGCUGAAUGAUCAUCGGGUGAGGCUUGAAAGCUGAGCGAGCCACCUCGACCAUUUCGGAGCCCUAAUUUUGAAAAGACCAACACCCGGUUUCUGACAUCGAAGCGCUCGAGCAAAGUCGGUAGAAGCUUCGCUAUCCAAAUUUGUCCUCAACAAUAUGGCUGUUCCCCUGCUGGCAGCAUUUACGCCGCCUUUGAGAGCAACCUUUGCAAGUGCACCAGCUCUCGUUUGGCCGAGCCGAGCCGGCGGUCCCCCAAAGAUUGUGCUCUUGUUCAUUCCCGGCAACCCAGGCCUCGCAGAGUAUUACACACCAUACCUCAGCGCUCUUUCCUCCGCUCCAGCACUUCAAGGCCAAAUCGAAAUCAUAUGCGUAUCGCACUUGGGUCACGCCGCCCCUUCGCCAACACCGACUACGCUUCGAGCUCAAGUAGCACACAAGCUCUUGGUGAUCGAUGCAGCCCGCGCGGCUUACCCAACACAGCGCAUACAUGGACGAGAAGAGCGACCGAGGUUCGUGCUGGGCGGUCACUCAGUCGGCGCAUACAUCGCCCUUGAAUGCCUGAAGGAGCGAAGGCAUGUCGUGGACUCCGUGCACAUGCUCUUUCCUACGGUCAGCUGGAUUGGCAAGACGCCAAAUGCCAGGAAGCUAGCCCCAUUAUUUCAUCCAAUCGUUCCUGCUUUCUUUCUGCCCUUGCCUCUGCUAGUCCUUUCGCUUCUGCCAUUCGCACUACUCCUACCUCUCAUUCGUCUACUCACCAGGCAGAACUUUGAAGCUGCCAAGACGACCACGAACUUUCUCGUCACGCCAGGGGCUGUGCGCUCGGCUGUCAACAUGGCAGCGGAGGAGAUGCGCGAGAUCAGAAAGCUUCGUGACGAGACGAUCAAGGCCGUGCGGGAGGUUGGAAGCGGAGAGGGCAAGGUUCGAGCAUAUUGGGCUCGUGGAGAGGAGGACGGCUGGGCUCCAUCAUGGAUCCGAAAGCAAGUGGAGAGUGCCCUCACUCUAUCACCAUUGACCGCGCCGCCUUCCGAUAUGUCCGCUCCCAGUCUGAAGAAGUUCAGGACAUUUUCGAUCAGUGCUCUGAGAUCUCGAAGGCAAGCUCACCAAGCAGCCAAAGCCUCUAAGCCUCCGCCCAUCACACCGCCACGUCUGAACAAUCGAGCGCCGCGUAGAAGGCCCUCUCUGAUUGGGGCGCGAGCUGUGCGAAGUAUUGAUGGCAGCAUCUCCAUCGAAGCGCCGGACGAUUCGAGCGCUACAGAGUAUGCAGGCGCAUCGACAGACGACGAGACGGUGACAUUAUCGCACAACACGCCCAAAGCAGCUGCUCGUGCGCUGGACAGCGGUUCAGCAGUGAUCGAGUCGCCGGAAGUCGAGUUGGAUCUCAACACUGCUCUUGCUGGGUCAGCCAAGAAUGUGGCAAGCCAUCCUCUGCCAGCUUUCACGAGCGCAGUGUGCAACGUCGGCAUGCCUCACGCUUUUUGCCUCGAUCAUAGCGAGCACAUGGCUCGCAUUACCGCCGCUUGGCUAGCUCAGGACCACCUCUAG